UACCCCUCGGCGCCACACCUGGCCAUGCCGCAUUUCAGCUCAUCGCCCCCUUUCCCCCUUUCCGCUUUCGCUCAUCUGAGCCUGCCUUGUGGGCCGCCACGCAAGCCCUUCGCCUCUCCCGUGAAUCCGGGAGCGAGUGAACCAGGCCACCUAUAUAGCCGGCAGAGGAGGCUACGCGUCGCCCAGGACUGGACACCGGCCGUCGGAUGAGCUGAGCCUGGGGGGUCGACGACGACGAUGGCGUCGCCGCUGGGCAACGGAGAGCUGGCUGCUUCGGAGAGGAGGAAGGCGGCGGCGGCCGCGGGGAGGAGGCUGGCGGCGCUGCUGCUGCUCCUGCGGGUGGCGGCGCUGUGCUUCGCGCUGGCGGCGGCGGCGUUCGCGGCGACGGACGGCGCCGCGCUGCGGGGCAGCGCGGCGUUCCGGUUCCUGCUGGCGGCGAACGCCAUCGUGGCCGCGUACUCGGCGUUCGAGGUGGCCGCGGCGGCCUUCGAGCUCGCCCGCGCCGCCACGCUGCUCCCGGAGGCCUUGCAGCUCUGGUUCGACUUCGGCCACGACCAGGGAUUCGGGUACAUGGCGUUGGCGGCGGCGGCGGCGGCGGCGGCGGGGCGUGGAGCGGCGGCGGCGGCGUGCAGCGGGACGAUGGCGUGCCUGCAGGCGGACAUCGCGGUGGGGCUCGGGUUCGCGGCGUUCGCCUUCCUGGCGCUGGCGGCGCUCUUGUCGGGGUUCCGGCUCGCACGCUUCCUUCUCACCGGCUCCCGCCUCCCGGCCCCGGCUUCCCCUUCCUCCUCCGCGUAUUGAGCAGCCCAUUUUGGUAGCCGCCGGAUCGAGCAUAUAUAUACAUAGGCAUAGCAGUAGCGAGGCACGCGUGGUUCGGCAUGCACUGCUCUGAUAUCUUGGUUAUUCAGGGCUUCUGGUCUGGAGCGAUCAUCAGAUUCAGACAUAAUUUGCACUGUGCUUGCUGCCUGUCUGUAAUUGAGAGAGAAAGAGAGGAAGAAUCGCAGAGAUGGAUGUGUGUGUGAUGUGUUUGUAAGUAAGAGCGCCCGGGUUCAGGCGAUAUGAUAUAUAUGCAACGUGAUAUCAUUGAUAAGAGUGGCCAGAUUGUUAACUGUACCAACGAUUGAUAUGGAUGAUACUUACAGUUGCACUCC